GUUAGUUAAUUCCUGUUUCACAUUAGAUAAUUUUUUUCCAGUGAUUUUCUGUUGUAGCCUUCACAUAAUCUUAGCCAGUCAGCAACACUCUUCUGUGAAGCAGAUUGUAUAAUGUGACUUAUACAAUGACUGAGGCAAACUAGUCUUCAACUGGCUAGGAUUAAAUCAGACAGGUUUGAUUUUCUGUUUGGUCGCAGAUAUGGAGUGUUUGUGUGCGAGAGUUGAGAACCAAUGAGCAUUUGGCUGACGGCACAAUGCACAGAAUGUAGUGACAAGGCGGGUGAAAAUUCAGUUACUAUUAACCCUUCACAAAGCACCAGUACAGCCUCGGCUUCGUCAGACAGCACGGAGGCUGUAGACCUCGCAAAUAGAGGAGAAGCUCAUCUGUCUGAUGCCUGACAUUUUACAUACCAUAACAGAAUGGAAAACAGGAACAAAGAGGAGAGAUUGCUGCUAAAUAUGCUGCAACUGUUAACACUUCAUAAGGUGCUGGCUCUGUUAGGCAGCACGCUAUUGGCUGUCAGAGAAAGAGGCGAGCAUGACUGCGCUGGAAGAUUGACGUUCAGUCAGAUAAUGUCAUAUGGGCUGAAGGUUUCAGUCAUGUGAUUUGACCUGGUGCAGUGACUACACUUGACAAAUCUGACACAACAAAAAGUCAAAAAUGUGACAGUCUUUAAAUGCCCCUGAAUGUUGCACCAUGUGGCCUUUUUUCUGAAUUAUUUUUGAUAGUUCCUAAAUUGAAAUUACUGAGGUUGUUUGUAACUGUGAAGUAAAUUAAGACUGAUUGUCACUUUUCUUUUAAACAGCUUUAAAACUGUGUACUGCAAGAAAUGAGAUAAAGUGUCAGAAAAGAUCUGAACAUGGAGAAUGAUGGAAGACACCUUAUCCUAAAUGUGCACCUGGGUCUGCCAUUUCCGGAGCCUGAGAACAACAUUAGCCGCCAUACUCUGGUCCAUGGGGAUUAUCUCUACUACCACUAUGGCUGUGAUGGUGUGGAUGACCGGGGCUGGGGUUGUGGAUACAGGACUCUGCAGACCAUGUCUUCCUGGGUGUGUGCCCAGACCUCAAGUGGACAGUCCCCUCCUGGCCUCCGACAGAUACAAGAGGCUCUGGUGACAAUGUCAGAUAAAGACAGAAGUUUCAUAGGCUCACGAAGCUGGAUUGGAUCAUUUGAAAUUGCUUUGUGUAUAGAUUAUUUUUAUCAGCUGCCCUGCAAAAUCCUUCACUUGAGGAGUGGUGCUGAUUUGAAGGCCAAGUUAGAGGAGCUGUACGAGCAUUUUGAUCGCCUGGGGUCUUUGGCAAUGAUGGGUGGGGACAGUGAUAGUGCUUCCAAGGGCAUUUUAGGGCUGUGCUCUGGAAAGCAUGGACAUUAUAUGCUGGUACUAGACCCCCAUUUCUAUGGUCCUCCAGGAUCAAUAAGUACAAAUACUGCACAAAAGGAAGGUUGGAUUUCAUGGAGGAAGAUUGAGCUAUUUGAACGAGAGUCCUUCUAUAAUAUAUGUCUACCGCAGCUUGCAGCACAAUGAUUUAUUCCAUUGGCAUGCCCUUGUGUGCGUGUGUAUUUUUCCUUUUGGUACAUGUUUAAGAAUGUUUGUCUUGCGUUGAGUUUACUACUUGAAUAUGCAGCAAGUUGUACCACUGCGGAGUGUUCUGUACCAAAAACACAAAGCAAAAUACUGUAUGUUUUAAGUUAAAGGAAUAUGGCCACAGAAAGUGGACACGUGUAUUUAUGACUUUAUAGAAUUAUUUAAAUACUUAGUAGUAGACGUUACCUUUGGCUUCUCUGCCACUGUGUCAGGUGUUUAGUGGACUAAGAUGGCCUAAUGAUUGGGUUUACUAGAAGUAGCUAAAACAGAAAAUGAUCUGUAGGACACAAAUGGCAUGUGCUAGUAGCAGCAGUAAGAUCGGUGGUAGCAGUAUACGGACAGGAUAAGUAUGGAGGAAUUGGAACAGUUCUUUAUGUAGGGGGCUAUGGGACGGGGACUCGUCAAUUAGAAUUAUUUGAGUCCUUUCAUCUUAAAAUGAAUUUGUGUGUUAUUUCUGGUACACAAGAGUGGACACCCUCUGUAACUUCUGUGGUUUGCCCUUUAAGCUUACUAAGUGAAGGUGUUUUCCUCCCAGCCCUUUGCUCUUUGUAUCAAACCUAAGUGACCAAACUACAAAGUCUUGCAACUAGCCAAGCCUGAACAGGCCAGAAUGUUGGUCCAUAACCUGACAACAUAAAGGAACGCUCCACCUAAAAAUGAUAUACAUUUUUAUAUGUUGCUUAUCCCUUGUAGUUUAUAGUUUUGGGUGAGAGAAAUGUUUAAUCUCAUGUUUACACUCAGAUUGGAUAUAACAAAAUUUCUGAUGUAAUAGGGAACAAUGGUGGGCAGUGUUUAGACAACAGCAAAUGAUAUCAAAAAGUUUAAGAAAAAAAAAAAAAUCUCGCGUUACCUGUAUAACAUAAUCAACAUGUCAAGCCAUUCAGUCGUAUAAAUCCAGGGUCUUCAACCUCAUGACACCCCAAAGAGAUGUAUUUAAACACCAUCGCUAACGAGUGUGGGAUGCACUCAGAUGCACCCGAGCAUUUGAAUAGAAAACCCGCCUUAUUCUUUGGGCAGGAGUCCUGCUCAGUACCAGUUAUGAAUUGACUAACAUUUACAUGAUAUCCACAGAAAUUGUGUACUGAGAUACGAGUACAACUAAAGAUUAAAGAAUAUGUCUCAUCCCAGUGCAUAUCUCCGAUGCUUCAACAAGCAGAAGGUUGAUUCAUCCAUGUAGUGUCACAACCUGCCGCUCAAUCUAGGCUAGGAUUAAAUCAGACAGGUUUGAUUUUCUGUUUGGUCGCAGAUGUGGAGUGUUUGUGUGCGAGAGUUGAGAACCAAUGAGCAUUUGGCUGACGGCACAAUGCACAGAAUGUAGUGACAAGGCGGGUGAAAAUUCAGUUACUAUUAACCCUUCACAAAGCACCAGUACAGCUUUGGCUUCGUCAGACAGCACGGAGGCUGUAGACCUCGCAAACAGAGGAGAAGCUCAUCUGUCUGAUGCCUGACAUUUUACAUUCCAUAACAGAAUGGAAAACAGGAACAAAGAGGAGAGAUUGCUGCUAAAUAUGCUGCAACUGUUAACACUUCAUAAGGUGCUGGCUCUGUUAGGCAGCACGCUAUUGGCUGCCGCUCAAUCAUCCCGAGGUACUCCAGUUGUGGCUCACUGCUAUAAAUAUAAAAUGUAAUGACAAUGAGUGGAGGCAGGUCAUCUUCAGUUCAAAAACUUAUUCUAUUUUCAUUCAUGAGAGCAUUUUAUGGAGAUGGUUUAUUAAGCAAUAUUUUAGUAAAAAUACAUGUGUUUGAGACGUUGCAAGCAUAUAACUGGACAUCCUGAUAUGUGAAAAAUGUGACACAAGUAAUAUGAGAUUUUUUGAGAUGGACCUAAAUAUGUUUGCUGUUGUCCACUGCUGGCUUUCAUUCAGCCAUAUUAUAUCUCCAUUCUGGAUGAAAAUUUGUGAGCAAAAAUGUUUCUCACUUAUCACUAUAAUCUACAUGGCAUAAGUAACAGAUAAAGGAAUACUCCACCUAAAAGGAUAAACCAUUUUAAGUGUUUGAUUUGAGCUCCUAAUUUGAUUUUUUUUUUCUAUAGCAGUGCCUGGUUCAUUGCGGACCCUUAUUCAAUUAAAACACAUUUUUCUUUCAUUACAUGUUUUAUGAUAAAACGGAGAGCAGGUACUGAUGAUGUACAGACUUAAACAUUUUUAUUUGGUGGUGCUCGUAUUUUAAGUCAUUAAUGUAUUAUUUUCUCACAUUCUGUAUAUUAUUUCAGCAGGAUCUGUUUAAAACUGCAGAUGAGCUGUACAUGUUCACAAGGCAUACAUACAGAGGACGAAUUCUGAAACCCAGUUAAUCCAAAUUAGGGUCAUGAGGGGACAGCCUAUCCCAGGUACCACUUGUUAUAAAGUAGGAACUAACCUUGGACAGGGUGCCAGGCCAUCACAGGGCAGAUUGGCUCACUGGGGCCAAUUUAGAAUGGCUUAUCAACUGAAAAUGCAUAUGUGAUGUGGGAGAAAAACCUACACAAACAUCAGUUGGGUGUGGGGUCCAUAAGGAGGGUGAGACAUGUUGUUCAUUUAAAUACACUUAUGACUGCAGUGUUCGAGCUACAUGUCAGGGUGUUCCACAUCCAGAGGCAGACUAAACACUUUCAGUGAAAAUGAAGCUAAACGUAGCUCAGUUUGACAGCAUUUCAUGUGAAAGGGUGAUGAAGCUCACUGCAAACUACUGUGCAGAAAUGCUAAAGCAGUCCAUCACCUGUGCAUUAUCACGUUAAAAAAAAAAACAUGUUGCUUGUGGUGUUAGACUGCAGUGCCUACUGUGUCAUUGGCAGUAAGGAGAAACACACAAGAGGAUAAAUGAUAAAUCAAGUUAUGAAUUAGCGUGGUUAGUCGGAAAGGCUGUUGGCAGUUUCUCUUGUAUUUUGAGCCAGGGUCCCACGUUCCAUCUAGAGGCACAUUCAAGCAUUCUACCAAAAAGACACAACCAUAAGCAGGCAGCCACAGCCAGGAAGCUGGCACUAAUAACCAAGAAUGACACCGUCAUGAGCCACAGCAUAAAAAGACGCCCGGCCAAUGAAAUGGUGUGAACUACAAGCACAUGAUUUUCAUGCCAUUGUACGACUGCCUCACUGAGUAGCCAAGUGUUUCUGUGCACAUGUGGGGACUUGCAGUCUAAGUAAUUGAGUGUGUGUUCAGGAUAACACACCAGUUAAUGGAGCUUGCCAGUUCUCCCAGUUCCAUAUGCCAGGUCAUGCAGCACUCGUACAGUUCCAGUCAGUUAAUGGAUUUAGUAUUUAUCUUAAUGGUAGUGAGAGACUAACUAAACAUGCACCGUUUUGCUGCCCUGUCGUAUUUUCUUGCCUUUGGUGUCAUGCUGCCUGUCUGUUUUCUGCUGUCCUCACGGAGUGUAAUGAAAGAUUGUGUAGGGAAUGGGUGGGCAACCUAUGGCUUUCACUGUCGACAGGAAGGUCAAUUGUCACAUCUACAAAAUGAUUUAAUACUUCUUAUUAAAACAUGAGUGUAGUAAAAUUUGUUAAAGAUUAUGUAUUCUCUAGUUUCAAUGUUCGCUAUAGUAAUUAAAAAAAGCAGCAGGAUAAAUCAGUAAAUAAAAAAUAAUGCUUACGAGCAAUACUCCGCAUGCAUGUGCCCCUCACUGGGGCGACACACACAUACUGUAUGUUUGGGAGCUGCUGCCUAAACCUUCAAAUUUACGUUGCCUUGUGCUAAUGUGAUGCAAAAUGGCAGGCAAGUGCGUUUGUCAGCCCAUGUGGAUGAAGGAGUGCAGUUUUGUUGCAACAGGAUUGAGCCAUACGCUGUAAGAAAAUGUGACUUUAAAUUUAAAUUACUGGCUACUAAUUGCAUUCCUUUCACAGUAUUUUACUGUAUCACACUAUUGUAUAUUACAACAGAAACACAUUGCUAUACAAUGAUUUCUCAGUAAACUGAGCCACAAAAUGAACGAUUCGGUUGAGUUACAGGAACUUCCUGGUUUUUCACUUGUUAACUCUAAUAGUGUAGCAAUUCAGUAACCAGUAAUUUACUAAAAGCAAUUUUAGUUAAGAGUUUGUAGAAAAACAAAAAGUCUCUGAUGCAACAGUUAAAUUACUAGUAAUUUGGCUAAUGACCAUUAUGCUGCCAGACAUAUUUUUAUCCAUUAAUAAUAUUUCUGUGUUUAACAGUACAAGUUCAUUUUGCCUGGCGGGAAAGGAAAGGUUACUUAUAUGAUGACGGGUGUGCUGCAGGCUCACCAGUUACAAAACAAAAUACCGUAAAUCAACUUCUAUAGCCACGCAGAGAAAUAAUUUUGCUAGACAUCUUUAAGUUUUUGUUUCUCGCGGCGCAAAUGUGUGGCCGUCUUUAGAAAGUUUGCAGUGCUGCUGCAAAGGGGGCGUUCCUUAUGCAAAUAUGCUAACUCUAUGCAGAUUUAGUUGUCGGUCAGCGACACAGCGAUUACUCAUUAAAGUAGCCCUGCACAUUGAAGCAAUGAAUUGAUAUUUACAGCUAGAACACUGCUUAAAUGUAAAUUUAUGUGCAUUUAUCUGAUUAAAAUCAUUGCUUUAACCAUUUAUUGUAUUACAGUGUUUUGACGGUGAAAAUAAACAGUUAAUGUAAUGUA